AUGAAUAACACGGCGGAAGAUGUUAACCCUUGUGGAAUCAACACGUCUUCUUUCGAAAUCGUGACGAGGGACGAGUCAAGGCAUCACUUCAAACAAGGUUACGAUGCUCAAAGUGGCCCUCACUCGGGCCACGAAAAGAGCGCGGAGAUGGACUCUGGCACAGAGAGAGAUGUGGAACUCCAGAGAGUAUCCGCGGAGACUCCAGAAGCUCGCUGGUGGCAGCGUGCAAACAGAGAGGGCCUAAUCUAUGAAUUGCUUCCAGUCACCAAUCUCGACGAGAAUAUUGUCGGCUGGGAAAGUCAAGAUGAUCCCGAGAUGCCUUUCAACUUUUCAAGCUGGCACAAGUGGUUGUGGGUUGGGCUCUUAUCCGCCAUCACUUUUCUGACUCCAUUCUCGUCCUCGAUUCUCUCCCCGGCCAUUGUCAAGCUAGACGACGAAUUCGGCAAUGACAACGCGAUCGUUGGGUCCAUGACCAUCGGAUGCGCCUUGGCUCCUAAUAUCGAGACGCUCAUCGUGAGUCGGUUCUUCAGUGGCGUUGGCGGUGCUGCCUGCUUGACUUUGGGCGGUAGUAUCAUCGGCGAUCUAUUCCGCCCUGACCUGCGUGGUUUUGCAAUAGGAAUGUGGAACGUGGGCCCUUUAUUAGGUCCUACCAUCGGUCCUCUACUAGGAGGCUUCUUGACCCAGUCCAUCGGUUGGCGUUUUGAUUUCUGGAUCGUUUUCGCAGCUGCUACUCCAGUCACAAUAUUAAUUGCCACACUAAAUAAGGAAACUUGUCACAAUGUCCUCGUUCAACGAAAAACGACCCUUCUACAGAAGAGUCUUGGCAACGAUAGCCUAACAAGUUGCUACGAUGAUUCGAGCAAGCGAAACACAAGCCAAAUUGUCCUUACCAACCUGAUCAGGCCUCUGAAGAUGCUAGUCUUCUCCCCAAUCGUAUUUUUCCUCUCCCUAUAUAUCGCCUUUGUAUUUGGCGUCGUCUACUUACUCUACACAACGAUCCCAAGCGUUUUCGAAGAAACUUACGGAUUCACUGCCAGCCAGACAGGACUUGUAUACCUCGCCAUCGGCCUGGGUAAUGUCCUCGGGUGGUUAUUCAUCACCCUAUUCUCCGACAAAUACGUUAUCCGACUUUCUAAAGCCAACGGCGGCGUUUUCGAACCCGAGAUGCGCCUCAAGAUAAGUAUAUACUUCGGGGUAUUCCUCCCCAUCACUCUAUUCUGGUACGGCUGGAGCUCAUACUACAGCGUCCACGUGGCAUGCACCAUCAUUUCACUUAUACCGUGGGGUUUUGGAAUCAUGGGGCUGUUCCUACCGAUCACUACAUACCUGGUUGACAGCUACCCUAUGUAUGCCGCCUCGGCCAUUGCGGCGAACGUUAUACUGAGGAGCGUGGUGGAAGCUUUACUUCCGUUGGCUGGACCACCUAUGUAUGCAUCCUUAGGGUUGGGAUGGGGAAACUCUUUGUUGGGGUUUAUUUGCAUUAUCAUGAUUCCUUUGCCGCUUAUAUUCAACAGGUUUGGUGCGCGCCUGAGGAAGGCCCAGCUUUUGACAUUGUAG